CUCCAGCUCCUGGCAGGGUUUCCGUCAAGAGAGAGGCCAUCAGCACAAUGUCACAGAACACAUCUUGUCAGAACUGGCUGGCCGCAGAGAGCAUCUUGAAAAAGUACUACCUCUCCACAUUUUACGGGAUUGAGUUCGUUGUUGGGAUGCUCGGGAACAUCACAGUGGUGUUCGGCUACCUCUUCUGCCUGAAGAACUGGAACAGCAGCAACGUGUAUCUCUUUAACCUCUCCAUCUCCGACUUUGCUUUCCUGUGCACGCUUCCCAUGCUGAUAAGGAGCUACGCCAAUGAGAACUGGAUCUAUGGAGAUGUUCUCUGCAUAGGCAACCGCUAUGUGCUUCAUGCCAACCUGUACACCAGCAUCCUCUUCCUCACUUUUAUCAGCAUCGAUAGAUACCUGCUCAUGAAGCACCCUUUCCGAGAACACAUUCUGCAAAAGAAGGAGUUUGCCAUUUUAAUCUCUUUAGCUGUCUGGGUCCUGGUGACCUUAGAAGUCUUACCCAUAUUCCCUUUCAUCAACGCAGAAGGGACGGACAAGGACACCAACUGCAGAGACUAUGCAAGCUCUGGAACUCCUAAGUACAGUCUCAUUUACAGCCUGUGCCUGACUUUGUUGGGCUUCCUCAUUCCUCUCGCUGUGAUGUGCUUCUUCUAUUACAAGAUGGUAGUCUUCCUAAAGAGGAGGAGCCAGCAGCAGGUGACUGCCGUGCCCCUGGACAAGCCUCUGCGCCUGGUGGUCCUGGCGGUGGCCAUCUUCUCUGUACUCUUCACACCCUACCAUAUCAUGCGCAAUGUGAGGAUCGCCUCGCGCCUGGAUAGCUGGCCAGAGGGAUGUUCGAAGGAAGUCAUCAACUCCUUAUACAUUGUGACCCGGCCUCUGGCUUUUCUGAACAGCGCCAUCAACCCCAUCUUCUACUUUCUCAUGGGAGACCACUUCAGAGAGAUGCUGAUUAAUAAACUGAGACAGUACUUCAAGUCUCUUACGUCCUUCAGGUCAUGAGCUGCUGGGUGCCGGGCUUCACUCAGCCAGAUUGCUCUGCAGCUGAGUAAGCACCAAGUAAACCACAGUCUCCAGGGUUUAGCUCCCCGCCACACACAGUGCUGGAGUAGAUACUGUGGCUGGACACCCAGCUAGUCUGGUUGAGUAGGUACAUAUAUACCAGAGGAGCAACUAUCUGUCCUUCUUUCGGGUUGUACUCAAAAUAUGGGAAAAUAUGCAUUAAAAAGUAUUGAUACCGUCACCUAAGAACUGAAGGUGAACUAAUGGUGUCAAUGCUUGGGCACUUAAGAGCCAAAACCUUGGAACUUUUAAGAACUUUUCUAUCAGUGUAAAAGGAAUAAAAGAUAGAUAGAUAGAUAGAUAGAUAGAUAGAUAGAUAGAUAGAUAGACAGAUAGAUAGAUAAUCAUGCUGCAUUCAUUGCAUAAUUGACCAGGUGAUAAACAUGUUUAGGAAAUAUUCUCUGCUAUUUUUAUUCUUGCAAUAUAAGAACAUUAUGUGAAAGAUAAAUAGAACUCAAUAUACACCAUUAACUGUUAUUUUUAAAGUUAUCUUCUUGAAAAAUGUAAAUAACAGCAAAGCUUACUAAAGCAAUGUAAUUAGGUUUUCUGUACUGAUCAUGAACUGUAAUUUAUCAUUAAUGUACCAACCCUUUUCUUUUAGAUGGGAUGUAGCAAAUAAGGAUCUUACAAUGGGUACGUUCUAAUUUGGCUCUCACGAAAUUUGUCCAUGAUGAAAGUCCAUAGUAAAUUUACUCAAAUAUUGAAGACACAUGUAAUGAACAGAUUCAGAAAUUCCACCAUUAUAGAACUCCACAUUUAUUGGGAUCUCACAGCAAAAUAAAGCACACCAAGAUGAGUUCACUGUUUCUCUGACUAGCAUGCUGUCUGGAAUUUUUGAUGUCACAAUCUGAUGUCCAGAACACAGAAAUGUGGUAAAAGUCCCCUCCACUUCCACCGUCCUGAAGCAAAGAACUUUAAAGCACAUUAGUGGGGCCACAGCGUAGCAUGAAGAGCACUUGCUGCUCUUGCAGAGGUUUCAGUUCAGUUCCCAACACCCAACACUGAGCAGCUCCCAGCUCCCUGUAACUCCAGCUCCGUGGGAGCCAGUGCCACAUGCUGUGUUCCUUGAGCACACCCGCCUGCACUUGCUUCACAGACAAACAAGCAGGCACGCACAUACUCCAUAAAUACAUCUAUCAAAGAAAACCAAAUGAUUAAUUUCAGAACGUCGCAAGCAAGUGGCAAGGAACUAUCCAUUCCAUGUUCAUUGGGUCGUUUCCUUGAACAUAGCCCUGCGCCCGUGCGAAAUGUCUGAGGGUUAUUUUGCAAAGAACAGGAAUGUCCGUCCGAGAGCGCGUUCUCUCUU